AUGGUACCACUACAUCAGAGCCAUUGCCACCGAGGUCAUGAUGAUGGUACUGAUGACAGUGGCGCUUACAACUGUACAUAUGAAUCUACAGUUUUCAGAGCCCAACUUCCCAAAGAUGAUGACCAAGUAAAGGCCCUGUGUGCCAGGACUGGGGUAAGAUUUUCCUUCAAUUGUUCUACUUUAAAUGAAAAUCAGAAACCAAACGGCAUCCCUGACCUCCUGCUCCUGGGCCUCUCUGAGCAUUCAGAACAGCAGCCUCUCCUGUUUGGGAUCUUCCUGGGCAUGUACCUGCUCACUGUGUCGGGGAACCUGCUCACCAUCCUGGCCAUCGGCUCUGACCCUCGCCUCCACACCCCCAUGUACUUCUUCCUGGCCAACCUGUCCUUCAUCGACACCUGCUUCUCCUGCACCAUUGUCCCCAAGGUGCUGGUGAACAUCCAGACACAGCACCACACCAUCUCCCACACCAGGUGCCUCCUGCAGAUGUACUUCUUCAUGGCACUGGCCCUGCUGGAUGACUUCCUGCUGGCUGUGAUGGCAUGUGACCGCUACGUGGCCAUUUGCCUUCCUCUCCACUACACCACGAUCGUGAGCCCCCAGCGCUGCCUGCUGCUGGUCACUGUGUGCUGGCUCUGCUCCCACCUCCUGGCCUUCCCACUCACUCUCCUGAUUACCAAAUUUAUGGGGCGAGAAAACCAGAGCAGCGUGUCCGAGUUCCUCCUCCUGGGGCUCCCCUUCCCCCCGGAGCAGCAGGGUGUGCUCUUCGCCCUGUUCCUGGGCAUGUACCUGACCACAGUGCUGGGGAACCUGCUCAUCAUCCUGCUCAGGCUGGACUCGCGCCUCCACACCCCCAUGUACUUCCUCCUCAGCCACCUGGCACUCUCUGACGUCUCCUUUGCAUCGAUCGCUGUCCCAAAGAUGCUGACGAACACGCAGAGGCAGUGCCGAUCUAUCACAUAUUCUGGGUGCAUUUCACAGGUGUAUUUCUUUGUAUUCUUUGGUUCUCUUGACAGCUUUCUUCUCACAGUGAUGGCGUAUGACAGGUAUGUGGCCAUCUGUCACCCUCUCCACUACACCAGCAUCAUGAGGGACGAGGUGUGUAUCCUCCUUGUGGUUGGGUGCUGGUUGUUUUCUUUUGCCCGGGCUCUGAUGCACACCCUCCUUAUGAACCACCUGUCCUUCCAUGCAGGGACGAUCAUUCCCCACUUCUUUUGUGAUCUUGCUGUUGUGCUCAAGUCCUCCUGCUCAAACACCUCCCUCAAUGAGCUGCUCAUCCUCCCUGAAGGCGGAUUAGUCCUCUUUCUGUUAGUGAGUGGGAUCUUGGGCUCAUAUGUCCACAUUACAGUCAUCAUCCUGAAGGUCCCCUCCCUCCAAAAAUUCUCCAAAGUCUUGUCUACAUGUGGCUCUCACCUCUCUGUAGUGCUUUUAUACUAUGGGACAAUUGCAGGUGUUUACUAUUUCCCUGCAUCAGGGAAGUUUGAAGACAAGAACAUAAUUUCUUCUGUGAUGUACAUGGUGGUCACCCCCAUGCUGAACCCCUUCAUCUACAGCCUGAGGAAUAACGAUAUGAAACGUGCUCUUCAGAAAAUAUUCAGAUCCAAGAAUGCCCCCUGGGGUCAUUAAUUCAAUCCCCCUGUGCUGGGCACUCAUGGGAGCUGUAAAGUAGCUC